AUGGCUUGUCCCGAUAUUUUCAUCAUUCAGGGUAUGAACUUCAUCGCAAAACAUUUCUUCGAGUAUCAGUCAUUCUCAUUCGUCAAUAUGCCUCACAAAGCUGUUCAACUCCAUAAAACGCCACCCUCACAAGCUGGAGCCGAUCCGUCUGUGGGAUGGGCUCCGAAGAACAUGCACAAAACCGGGAAGAAUCAGCCGGCCCCAGCAGCACGAGCCAGUCGGAUCUACCGAGAUCCCCGUCCUAACGGCACCAAACACGGCCGAGCGGCAAAGCAUGAACAUCGGGAUUGGGGAGAUCGACAUGGUGAAUUAAAAGAAGAAAAAGUAGCACCUCAUAAAGAUGCUUGGACUAAGUUCCUGUCAAAUGAAGACCCUGGACAGAGGACCGUAUUCGACUGCGAUUUGGAGGAUCGAGCACUAGCGACGGAGGAGGAAACGUUACCCGAACGAAUUUCUCGUAUAAGUGCUGAUGAUUUGGAAUUUCAAAUGGCCUACAACGCUAGUAAGAGUUCUUCCGAUGCCGACUGUGAGUUGUUGACGAUCCUCACCUAUGCACCGUCAGUGCAAUUCGUUACGGCGACGGUGAAACGUGCCAAGGCACUGCCCUACAAUAACUCUCCAUUUGCGCGGAUUAUGCUCUUCGACGGUCGACGACUUCUGGAGCAGAAACAGACCACCGUGAAUCCAUCUGUUGGUCACAAAUCAUCCAUCGACACCUCAUCAAAACCUUCAUCUUCGUCCGUAUCCUCAUCACUUAGCUCUUCAUCCGGUGACGCUUCGUUUUCUGAAUCCUUCCUUUUUCAUGUGACACCAGCGAAACUUGAUCGAUGUCAUAUCGUCAUCGAGAUGUUUGAUCAUGAUUCGAACGGGCAACCAUUAUCCGUUGGUCAUUGUGUAAUCGGUCGAAUGGGUGAUAUCACGGGUCAUGCGCAUUGGAUUCAAAUGCUCAAGAAGCACGGUAUGCCCGUAUGUAUGUGGCACCGAAUUGGCGUCAACUAG